AUGGCUGAUACGACAGCCAGUAAACACCUCUCUUCCAUCAAUGGAAGAAACAUCAUUACGGAUAUAAAGAACCUAUCUUCUCUCCUUAAAACAAAGAGAACUGUGACUUUUGCUUAUGGCUUCAUGUUUGCCUUUGUUGCUUUCACUGUUUUCUUGGCAUUUAGUCCUUCUCAAAACUCAUCUUCUCCUUGGUUCACUAAUAUUUUUAGUACCAGUGCUACCACCAGUACUGCUUCUUCUGAUUCUUAUAGAUCUCAAUUUUCUUCUAUUUUUUCUUACCUUUUGCCCAACAACACAGCAGCGGCAACCCCACAAAAGCAAGGUCAUGAUUUCUCUUCAUUGCCUUCACAAAACACCACCAGAUCUAAUAGCACCUUAUCUCAAUCAUCCAACACCAGAACAGAAGUUGCAGACCCACCAAGCGUAAAAAACGUCACUCAAAGUACAGUUUUGCAACCAAACCAGACCGCAAAUUCUUCAGUUGUCAUUAAAGAUCCAACCCCCGCAAAUAAUCAAACUCAAAUAGCAGUGAAUUCUAAUAAAGGUCUAGUUUUCAAGCCAAAUCACACCACAGUUGCAGCCCCAACUACAACCCAAGUAGCAGCAAAUCAAAGUGAAAAUACGCCCACAAAGUCAGGCUCCUUGGUAAAGGAAAGAUCAGGGAAUCAAGAUAAAGGAGAUGCAGGUAAGAGUGUGGCAUCAAAUUUCACUGCUUCACUCUUGAAGAAACAGGGCAAUGUGACAAAACAGAGCAAUGAGACUAAUUCAGGGGUGAAAGUGAAGCAGGGGAUUGAUAAUUUGGUGCAGAAUUUGGCGAAUUGCGAGUUUUUUGAUGGAGAAUGGGUCAAGGAUGAUUCUUAUCCACUGUACCAACCUGGGUCUUGCUCAUUGAUUGAUGAGCAGUUUAAUUGUAUAAUUAAUGGCAGGCCUGAUAAAGACUAUCAGAAAUAUAAAUGGAAGCCUAAAGGAUGCACUUUACCAAGGUUGAACCCUGGUCAUAUGUUGGAUAUGUUGAGAGGAAAGCGACUUGUUUUUGUCGGUGAUUCUCUGAACAGGAAUAUGUGGGAAUCUCUGGUUUGUAUUCUGAAAGGCUCAGUGAAAGAUCAAAGCAAGGUUUUUGAAGUGAAUGGAAGGCACCAUUUUCGAGGGGAAGCUUCGUACUCUUUCCUAUUCAAAGAUUAUAAAUGCACAAUUGAGUUCUUUGUAUCACCUUUCUUGGUUCAAGAAUGGGAAAUGCCCGAAGAAAAUGGAUCAAAGAAGGAGACGCUUCGGCUUGAUUUAGUAGGGAGGUCUUCUAGUCAAUAUAAAGAUGCAGAUAUCAUUGUCUUCAAUACGGGACACUGGUGGACUCAUGACAAAACUUCCAAAGGGAAAGAUUACUACCAAGAAGGGAGUCAUGUUUAUGAUGAGUUGAACGUUCUAGAGGCCUUUCGAAAAGCUUUGACAACGUGGGCCCGAUGGGUUGAUGCAAAUGUAAACCCAGUGAAAUCUCUGGUCUUCUUUAGAGGAUAUUCUGCUUCCCAUUUCAGCGGUGGACAAUGGAAUUCCGGUGGCCAAUGUGACAGUGAGGUUGAGCCCAUAAAAAAUGUUACAUACCUAAGGGAGUAUCCACCGAAGAUGCUGGUUCUUGAGAAAGUGCUGAGAAAUAUGAAAACCCGGGUCACAUACCUAAAUGUGACACAAAUGACCGAUUAUCGGAAGGAUGGCCACCCUUCAGUGUAUCGGAAGCAGAACUUGUCUCCAGAGGAAAGGAAAUCACCGUUACAUUUCCAAGACUGCAGCCAUUGGUGUCUUCCUGGUGUGCCGGAUGCAUGGAAUGAGAUUCUCUACGCCAAGCUUUUAGUAAAUGAGAAACAGAAGCAGCAAGCGCAGAAGAAGCAUGUGUAA